AUGCAGGCCCCGACCAUGUUGCCAUGGCCAUAUGUCUCCUCUGCUCGUGGCCUCGACGGCUUCGGCCGGCUCCGGCCGCAGCCACACGCCCUGGCUCCCCCUGACGCCGCUCCCGUGGGCCGGAUCGUAGCCCCAUCAUCUGCGCCCCCCGCGCGCCCGCCGGCUCGCCGUCGCCGCACCUGUCCGGCUCGCUGCGGGCCGGGUCCUCUGCUGCGUGCCGUCCCGCGGCCUGGAAUCCGCACUGCAGCGGGCCAACCUCGUGCCCGAGCCGCACCCGCCCACGGCGCAGGCCCCGUCGCCCUCCGGCUCCGGCCGCCCCGACGGCCGUGCUGCUCCUCCUCGCACCGGCCUCCCACGCGCUCGAGGCUCCGGCCGGCCUCGCCGCGCCCAGCUCGCCUCCCGCGUGCAUCUCCGCUCAUGGCCCGGCCGCCUGCGUCGCUGCGGUGUCGGCUUCCCAUGUGCGCGGCUCCCGCGCGCCCACCAACCGGGUUGCCACCCCCUGCCGGCGUCCGCCUCCGCACCCGGCCGCCUUCGCGCGCCCGCGGCUGCCCUGCCUCCGCCGGGUUCUCAAGCCGCCGGCCUCCGCCUCCUCUGUGCACCCGGCCAGGGUCGGCCGCAAGCCUCCCACGCCGGCUACAGCCUCGCCUCCUCCGGCCGGCUCCUGCAUCCCCUCCGCCUGGCCCCGCCGUCCGGUUCCCCGGCGGGCUCCUCCUCUGGCCGGCUUCGCCCGCCCGCCUGCUGGCACGUCUGCGCCCCCGUCGCCGAUUUCCCGCGACGCCGGCCUCCCGCGUCGCCGCCGCCUUCGUCCUCUCACGCCACGCACGCGCAUCCCUCCGCCGCCUUGUGCCGGCCCGACCGCCUGCCGCCCGCGCCGGCUCCCCUCGCUCACCGCCUGACGCCCGCGCCGGCUCCCCUCGCUCACCGCCUGACGCCCGCGCCGGCUCCCCUCGCUCACCGCCUGCCGGUUCCCCCCCCCCCACACGGACGACCGGCUCCGCCGCCUGCCGUCUCUGCCGCAACCCGGCCGCCGGCUUCGCCGCGACCCGGCCGCCGACUGCCGCCGUCCCGCUCCUGCCGACUGGAGAAAAAGAAAGGGCCGACUGCCCCACACGAGAAACAAAAAAAAGGGAGGGGGCGGGUGAGAGAAGUCGGGGGCCGGCUGCCCAGGCCGGCUGA